AUGCAACAUCCCGCAUGGAUCGUGGCGGUUGCGUUUGCCAUUUCAGAUGUGACAUUGCCGUGGGCUGCCCAUGCGGCUGUCGUUCACUCUGGAGCUGCUCAGAGUAGCGCGUUUGCCUUGUAUGAGCGAGCAACGCCACAGGCUCCCGAUGGAUAUGCACCUGGGGCAGUUACUUGCCCGAGCAAGAGACCAGAGGUCCGCCUCGGAUCAUCUCUCAGCCCACAAGAAAAAGAAUGGCUUCCAAGGCGUCGAACAGAGACCAUCUCUCACAUCAAAGACUUUCUCAAAAGAAAUGCAAUUCCAGGUUUCGACAGCGACAAGUAUCUGAAUGGGGCAAAGGCUGACUCUGCUGCGCUCCCCAAUGUUGGCAUCGCUGUUUCGGGAGGUGGAUAUCGUGCGAUGCUAAACGGUGCUGGAGCAGUUGCAGCUUUCGACAGUAGAUCACCCGGCAGCACAACAAAAGGCAAUAUCGGCGGUCUUUUGCAAAGCUCAACGUACAUAUCAGGCUUGUCAGGCGGAGGAUGGCUUGUUGGUAGACCAAAGGACUACAAGGAUUACUUCAAAACUAUUAUUGAUCAGGCAGACAAAAAGCAUGAUGCCGGAUAUAAUAGAUCAAUCACUGACUAUUGGGGCCGCAUGCUGUCAUUCCAGCUUGUCAACGCCAAAGACGGCGGUCCGGGAUAUACUUUUUCGUCCAUUGCAGACGACGCCGACUUUUCUUCAGCAAAAACACCACUACCGUUCCUCGUUGCGGAUAGCCGCGCUCCGGGGGAAAAGAACACAACAAUUGAAGACGCCUUGUUCGAGUUUAACCCAUGGGAGCUGGGCUCAACCGAUCCUUCAUUGAAUGGAUUUGUGCCACUCAAAUAUGUCGGGUCCAAAUUCGACAAUGGCAAGCUUGCUGAUAACGAAAAGUGCAUUGCUGGAUUUGACAACGUCGGCUACAUUAUGGGCACGUCUAGCAGUCUAUUUAAUCAGAUUGUUCUUCGCCUUAAGGAUGGCGACAGCAAAUACGUUCCAAAGGGUGUCCCAAAGUUCCUGGUUCAGAUCAUCCUUGAUAUUCUGACCGCCAUUGGGGAUGCCAACGAUGAUAUUGCCGACUGGACACCGAACCCAUUCAAAGGCUGGAACAAGGCAGUCAAUAAGGCGGCGGCGUCGGAUCACCUCAUACUCGUCGAUGGAGGCGAAGACGGACAGAAUGUUCCGUACCACCCUCAUCUCCUCCUCGAACGAAAAGUAGAUGUUGUUUUCUCAGUUGACUCGUCUGCCGAUACAAACUCAUGGCCAGACGGUGCCGCGCCAAUGGCUACCUACCAACGUUCACUUAGUUCCAUCUCCAACGGCACAAGCUUCCCGGUGGUGCCUGGACGCAAUUCGUUUGUUAAUCUCGGUCUCAAUACCAGGCCGACGUUUUUUGGCUGCAAUUCAACCAACACCACCCAUGCAGCACCACUCAUUGUAUAUUUACCAAAUUACCCCUACCAAUUUCACUCUAACAUCUCGACCUUCUCUUUGGCCCUCAAUAACAGUGAGCGCGAUGCAAUGAUUACUAACGGCUGGGCCCUCGCAACACAAUUAAAUGGCACUCGCGAUGCAGAUUGGUCAACUUGUGUUAGCUGUGCAAUGCUCCAUCGCAGUUUCGAGCGAACCAAAACGACGAUCCCAGAAAAGUGCAACCAGUGUUUCACUCGGUACUGUUGGAAUGGGACAAUUGAUGAACGACCACCUGUUAAAGCCUAUGAGCCGCAGCUGUACGGAACUGUUAUAGACGUCAAAGGAAAAGGCUCCUCCGCAACAAGGCUACUUAGUAGCUCGGUUGCCAUGCUAGCUACCAUUGUCAGCUGCUUGACAGUUAUAUGUUAG